AUGAUUUUCUCUACACUCGUUGCGCUUGCAGCAGUCGCGGAGGCCAUGCCUCAGUUUGGCGGAGGUGGAAACACGAUGUUGCGAUUUGGGUGCUCUCAGGUCGUUAUUGAUCGAAUCGAUCCCUUGGUAAAUCCCGGACAAGCACCAUCGCCGCACAUGCACCAGGUGGUUGGUGGAAAUGCUUUCAAUACCAGCAUGGCUUCGACCGAUAUCGCCAAGCUUGCCGACUGCACAACAUGCGGUUACUCUGAGGAUCUGUCCAACUACUGGACUGCCAACCUUUACUUCAAGGCUCGCAAUGGCAGCUACAAGCGUGUGCCACAGAUUCCUAACAGGGAGUUGUUCAACGACAAGUACACUACCGGUACACAGGGAGGGUUUGUCGUCUACUACGUAUCGCCCGGAAAAUCAAAGGUCCAAGCCUUCAAGCCAGGCUUCCGCAUGCUUGUCGGAGAUGCCAACAAGCGCGCCAAAGAGGGCAGUGGCUUGAAGUCACAGACCUGUUUCCGUUGCUACACGGGACCCAACUUCGCCGGCGACAAUGCUGCACCAUGCGCUGAUGGCAAGCUGGAUACAGAGGCUUUCCCUACUGCACCUUGCCCCGGAGGUAUCCGUUCAAACAUUCUCUAUCCCACUUGCUGGGACGGCAAGAACCUUGACAGCCCCGACCAUAAGGCUCACGUUGCUUAUCCCAAGGCUGGACCGGCUACCUUCACUGGCUCGAGUGUUGGUGGAGACUGCCCGUCGACCCAUCCCGUUAAGAUUCCUCAAAUCAUGUUGGAAAUUGUAUGGGACACCAGGCAGUUUAACAACAAGGCUGACUGGCCCACUGAUGGCUCUCAACCAUUCGUCCUCAGCACCGGAGACCCCACUGGAUACGGACAGCACGGUGACUACGUCUUCGGCUGGAAAGAUGAUUCCCUCCAGAGGGCCAUGGACGAGGCAAAGGGCUGCAUGGGCGCUUCUUGCGGUGGCCUCAAGACUCAAGCCGUCAGUGUUGGAAACGGCUGUAAGGUCCCGAGCCGUGUCAAGGAGGACAUUGGCGAUGGCUGGUUGUCUAAACUUCCUGGUAUGGAGAUGUAA